AUUGAAACCAUUCCACCGGAAAAAUGGUUUCAAGCUGCUUUGACAGGACUUGUUUUCAAGGAAGGACUGUGCUAUGGCAAGCUAGAAGCUGGAGCUCUCACGUUUAUUAUUCCUAUACUUCUUCUUGGCCAUCUGAGUGGUUUGAUGGACGAUGGAACUAAGCUUACUUUGCUUGCUCUAUGGAUGGGGCUUUUUGUGAUAUUUGCUGGAAGGAAGUUCACCCAGCCUAUCAAGGAUGACAUCGGUGACAAGUCCGUUUUCACAUUCAAUUCUCUUCGUGAUGAUGAAAAGAAAGCCUUGAUUGAGAAAUUGGAACAACAAAAAAGUCAGUAUUAAGUGUAUCAGCUCCACCACACCUUGAGGUAGACUGCUUGAACUCGCAGGAUUUUUUCGAAAAGAUGAUGUUAUGCAAAGCUAUGUGAGCACCGCCUGCAGUUCUCAUAUAAGAGAGAGUGAAAUUGCUUAGUUCAAUUUUGUAUGGUUAACAAAUUCUGUAUGGUUUACAAAUUUUGUAUGGUUAACAAUUUUGGUUGAAGAAUUUUCUUAAGAAGCAUAUCACUCAAGUUGAGUGCGAUCGUGGUUGUGUCUUUGACCAAUUUUAUGAAAUCUAUGCUCAGUACAUUACAUCAA